AUGUUUCCGGAUAGAGAUCGCAUUGCCUCACUAGCACCCGGUAGUUUAUUGGGCUUCAUCAAUACGCUGGGGCUAAAAUAUUAUUAUAUUUUAUUUAUUGUGUUUAAGGUAUUUGGUGCUUUCCUGGCUUGGGAGACACGUCAUGUUUCCAUUCCGGCCUUAAAUGACUCGAAACAUAUUGGAUUUUCCGUUUACAAUGUCUUCAUAACAUGCAUCGCCGGUGCCGCUAUUUCGUUGGUGCUAUCCGAUCGCAAGGAUUUAGUUUUUGUCUUACUCUCAUUUUUUAUAAUUUUUUGUACGACAGCAACAUUAUGUUUGGUGUUCGUACCGAAACUGGUCGAACUGAAACGCAACCCACAAGGUGUCGUUGAUAAGCGCGUACGCGCCACCUUACGUCCAAUGUCGAAAAAUCGACGCGAUUCAUCCGUUUGUGAAUUGGAGCAACGUUUACGUGAUGUGAAAAACACGAAUUGCCGAUUCCGCAAAAUUCUUAUGGAGAAAGAAAAUGAACUGCAAGCUCUUAUAAGAAAACUUGGACCUGAAGCUCGCAAGUGGAUUGAUGGCGUCACAUGUACUGGCGGUAUUGGCGGGGAUUCGGAACCAAUACUCAGUGAUACAGCUAGAUUGUCUGCACCGCCAGUACGACGGGAAAUGCCCAGCACAACAGAAGUAACGGAACUUACUUCAGUUGACAGUGUAACUUCUACACACGUGGAAAUGGACAGCUCCAUGGUUUCGGUACAGUCAACGACAAUCGCUCCAUCCUUGCCACCUAAAAAGAAGUCGAUGAAGUCUUUAACACAAAUCCAAGAUGGCGUGGUCCAAUCCACCGGCUUAGUUACUGGAUCGAAUUUGCAUCAAAAACAAACUCAAAUGCAAUCAAUGCAACCCAUACAACAACAAUUACAGCAGCAACUACAACAACAACAACCCCCAUUACAAGCUGUAAAACAUGAUGAUCUCACUUACCGGAGACCGGGAGAGAAACGAAACUCUGUUUCAGCUCAAACCGAUCCCAUACCGAGUAUGAAAAAGCAAGAAUGCAACAAUAUCAAAAGAAGCGAAGAUUCUCAACUGCGGGAGCGUCGGCAAUCAGUGGCGUCUAGGCACUAUGACAGUGGAAGUCAGACUCCAACCGCCUAUCCAAAGACCGCACAUAAUCACAGGAAUUCCGCUACAAAUAUUUCUAAUUCCAAUAAUGAUCUAAAUGGUUCUUGCCCUCAUGCUCCAUAUACGAAAAGCAAUAACGUCAUAAAGACACCCACAACAUCGGACAGCCGUCGUGGAACCAAUGCCAUGAAGUCCAAUUUUGUGGUCUCCCAAAGCGACCUAUGGGACACCCAUACACUUUCACAUGCCAAACAACAUUCACGCCAGUCACCGCGCAACUAUGCUAGUCCACAACGUUGUUCGGAACACAGUCAUAUCAUUCCAUAUAACCAGACUACGUCACCCAUACAACGUUCAGUCUCGGAAAAGAAUCGUAAUAAACACCGUCAUAAGCCGCAGAAGGGAACGGUAUGCCAAAGCGAAACCGACAGCGAACGUGAACGUGAGCCAACGCCGCCAGCAACGCAAUGCAUUACACAGCGCAAACUCAACAAGAUGAGUAGUAUACAACAUGCCGCACAUCAUCAUUCCUCCCCAAAUGUAGCACCUGAUAAGCAACGUAAGCAUCGAAAUAAAAUCGAAUCGUCAAUUUAUGGUGCUAGUUCGGAGACAGAGUUACUAGAUGGAGAAACAGCAAUAUUGCCCAUAUUCCGAAAAUUGCUCACUGAAAAGAGCCCUAAUUAUCGUGGUCGAAAUGUUGUGGGUCAAAGUUGUCCGAACAUAUCCAUCAAAUGCGAUAUUGUGGAGUAUCUUUAGAACAAGAAGAAAUCCAUUACACCGAACUUUCGUUUGUUGUAUACGUGAGCUCUGCAAGUUGAUUUAAAUACAAUUUAACUCGGCCUAUACCAGAGCAGAAAAAAGUUAGACUAAUAACUAUGUUUUUAAAACUAAAUAAUUCUUUGCAUGGAAUUACUCACAUACUAUAUAAUAUGAAUUUAACUGAAAUGAUUAUAAAUAAAAAAAUAUUCCAAAGAAGAUAUUGUAAUUGUA